GGUCGGGUGAUAACAAUGACGUAUUUCUUCUUCCCUCACUGUUUCCGCUUCCGGUCCUCGAGGACACCGUGCCGGCUCGGUCUGCGGCUCCAGCCAGGGUGUGGAAGGCAUCGGUAGUCAUGGCAGUGUUUGAGCAGAUGAGAGCGAACGUGGGCAAGUUGCUCAAGGGUAUCGACAGGUACAAUCCUGAGAACCUGGCCACCCUGGAGCGCUAUGUGGAGACGCAGGCCAAGGAGAACGCCUAUGACCUGGAAGCCAAUCUUGCUGUCCUGAAGCUGUACCAGUUCAACCCAGCCUUCUUCCAGACCACGGUCACUGCACAGAUCCUGCUGAAGGCCCUCACCAACCUGCCCCACACUGACUUCACACUGUGCAAGUGUAUGAUUGACCAAGCGCACCAAGAAGAGCGGCCGAUCCGACAGAUUUUGUACCUUGGAGACCUGCUGGAGACCUGCCACUUCCAGGCCUUCUGGCAAGCCUUGGAUGAAAACAUGGACCUCUUGGAAGGCAUUACGGGUUUUGAAGACUCUGUCCGAAAAUUUAUCUGCCACGUCGUGGGCAUCACUUACCAGCACAUUGACCGCUGGCUGCUGGCCGAGAUGCUUGGGGAUCUGACAGACAGCCAGCUAAAGGUGUGGAUGAGCAAGUACGGCUGGAGCGCCGACGAGUCGGGCCAGAUCUUCAUCUGUAGCCAGGAAGAAAGCAUUAAGCCCAAGAACAUUGUGGAGAAGAUCGACUUUGACAGUGUGUCUAGCAUCAUGGCCUCGUCUCAGUAACUUUGCAGGUGUUUAAUAAAGCUGUGUUGACU